AAAGCUAGAAGUGUGGAGAGAGAGAGAGAGAAGAAGAGAGAAAAAUUCAGACACAAUAAAAACUCCUAUGCAAAGGGGGCAAUAUGUAGGAAAAAAAGAAGAGGAAGGAAAGAGAGAGAGGGCAGAAAGGAUUGCAAAAGUUUCUCCUGGGUUUAACUUCUUCUUCUCCUUAUUAUUUUUCCCUCCUUUGCCCUGCAGCAACAAGAAGGAAGAGCACAAGGACGUGGCUUUCUGGUGUAAUGCGAGUUAUAUUCGACACCUGAGGGAAAGAGGUCAUCUGUAUACACCAUAAAAUAUGGCUGCAACUCAGAGGAAUCCCGCUGAACUGAGUGUCGCUUAAAUUCAGUUAAACAUACACAGAUUUCUGUUACAUGCCUGGAAGAGAUCUUUGUUAAGAGAAAAGUUUGGCUAUGAUCCUGUUGGUCUGCAUAGUCACAUCAAGAGUGAGGGUGACAAGAAGGAAAAAAAUACUACUGUGAGGGAAGAAAACACUUUCCUGUCACCACUGCCUCACCCUGUAUGCACUGAGUGAUUACAACCACUUGUGUGAUAGUUCAAAGAGUAUCCCCGCAUCUCUGAAGCCUGCGUCAAUCAUUGACCCUCGUCAUCCUAAGUCCCUGACAAUCUUUGAAGCACCAGUUCGAGUUUGGCAUGCAAUACUGGUAGCACAGAGAUUGGAACUGCAUUAUGACCAAGAAUUUGGGAUAUGGGGCAGGAGGCAAGUUCCUGGAAGCAAGAUGGAUGUUAAGAGAAACAGAGUUAAACAAGGAAAAGGGUCAUGGCUCGUUUAACGAAACGGCGGCAGGCAGAUACAAAAGCCAUCCAGCAUCUUUGGGCGGCUAUAGAGAUAAUCCGAAAUCAGAAGCAAAUUGCUAACAUUGAUCGUAUUACAAAGUAUAUGUCUCGGGUUCAUGGUAUGCAUCCCAAAGAGACCACACGUCAGCUUAGUUUAGCAGUGAAAGAUGGCCUUGUUGUUGAAACUUUGACGGUGGGAUGUAAAGGAUCAAAAGCUGGUAUUGAGCAAGAAGGAUAUUGGCUGCCUGGAGAUGAGAUUGACUGGGAAACAGAAACUCAUGACUGGUAUUGUUUUGAAUGCCAUUUGCCUGGAGAGGUGUUGAUAUGUGACCUGUGUUUUCGUGUGUAUCAUUCCAAGUGUUUAUCUGAUGAGUUCAGGCUUAGAGACAGCAGUAGUCACUGGCAAUGCCCAGUUUGCAGGAGCAUUAAGAAGAAAAACACAAGCAAGCAAGAGAUGAGCACUUAUUUGCGUUUCAUUGUCUCCCGUAUGAAAGAACGAGCUAUUGAUUUAAACAAAAAAGGCAAAGACAACAAACACCCAAUGUAUCGUAGACUGGUGCACACAGCUGUUGAUGUUCCAACUAUACAAGAGAAAGUAAAUGAAGGAAAGUACAGGAGUUAUGAGGAAUUCAAAGCGGAUGCUCAGCUUCUUCUACACAACACAGUGAUAUUUUAUGGAGCGGACAGCGAGCAAGCUGAUAUAGCCAGGAUGCUUUACAAAGAUACCUGCCACGAGCUGGAUGAACUUCAGCUUUGCAAGAACUGUUUUUAUUUAUCAAAUGCACGUCCUGACAAUUGGUUCUGCUAUCCUUGUAUACCCAAUCACGAACUGGUUUGGGCUAAAAUGAAAGGUUUUGGAUUUUGGCCUGCCAAAGUCAUGCAGAAGGAGGACAAUCAGGUUGACGUUCGCUUUUUUGGCCAUCACCACCAAAGGGCCUGGAUUCCUUCAGAAAACAUUCAAGAUAUCACAGUUAAUAUACACAGACUGCAUGUAAAACGCAGCAUGGGUUGGAAAAAAGCGUGUGAUGAGCUAGAAUUGCACCAGCGUUUCCUCCGGGAUGGCAGAUUCUGGAAAUCAAAGAAUGAGGAUAAAGGAGAGGAAGAAGCAGAGUCCAGCAUCUCUUCCACUAGCAAUGAUCAGCUAAAGGUUACUCAGGAACCAAGAGCAAAGAAAGGAAGACGUAAUCAAAGUGUGGAACCCAAAAAGGAAGAACCAGAGCCUGAAACCGAAGCUGUGAGUUCAAGCCAGGAAAUCCCCGCAAUGCCUCAGCCUAUUGAAAAGGUUUCAGUCUCAACACAGACCAAGAAGUUAAGUGCCUGUUCUCCAAAAAUGCUGCAUCGGAGCACCCAGACCAAUAAUGAUGGAGUAUGUCAAAAUAUGUGCCAUGACAAAUACACUAAAAUCUUCAGUGAUUUCAAAGAAAGAAUCAAGGCUGAUCAUAAGCGGGAGACUGAGAGGGUUAUGCGAGAAGCUAUUGAGAAGCUGCGUACAGAAAUGGAGGAGGAAAAAAGACAGGCUGUAAACAAAGCUGUUGCAAAUAUGCAGACUGAGUGUGACAGAAAGACAAAGCAGGUAAAAGAGAAGUGUAAAGAAGAAUUUUUAGAAGAAGUGAAAAAGCUAGCCAGCCAGCACAAACAACUGAUUUCCCAGACCAAGAAGAAGCAGUGGUGCUACAACUGUGAAGAGGAGGCCAUGUAUCACUGCUGCUGGAACACUUCGUAUUGCUCCAUCAAGUGUCAGCAGGAACACUGGCAUGCUGAGCACAAGCGCACCUGCCGCCGAAAAAGAUGAAAGCUCCCUUGCCCUUCGAAGGGGCUGCCCUGACUGUGUGAUCCUCAGACGCAGCAGGUUUUGAGCAUUUUGUUCAUUUGUUUCUAAUGUUUUGUUUCCAAGGGGUCAGAAUUAUUUAGAGUUUGUUCUUUGUAUCUUCUCCUCCCCCUUUUCCUUUUCUUUUUUUGCACCAGCCUUUAAAACACUUUUUUGUAAAGAACUUUUUGCACAGUUAAAUUUCUGUCUUGUGUUUUAAUGCUCCUCUCAAAUUGUCUGCCUCCCUCCCCUCCCCCCCCCCCCCUUUUUUUUUUUUUGUCAGUAAGGCAGUUUGAAUCUCAGUUGGAGCACAUUACAUUUUGGUCAGUUUUAACCUGGGAAAUUUGUAUUGUUUUCAGCAAAUUUAAAAAAAUAUAUGAAAGCAAAGUUUUUAGGUUUCGUAGAGACAGAGAACUAUAAUAACAGGAACAUUUUAAGAUCUGAGUAUCAGAAGUUUAAAACUGUUCAGAGAAGAAAAAGAAAAACAUACUACCUGGACAUAAAACUUACCUGUUAAUUGUAAGAGCUGGUUUUGUUCAGCUUAAUUUACUCUUAAAAGGCAUUAUCUAUUGGUUUGUACCACUGGGUAUCCUAUUGAAUUUUGGGAACAGGGUUGACACAGCAGGUACUAGUCCUGCAUAUUUUUUUCUUAAUUCCCCCCCAAUUGUAUUUGUUCCACCCCCCACCCCCAAUAUAUAGCUUUUAUAACAAAGAUAUUAGCUUUGAUCUUAUUGCUUAAGAAUCACAGGGGACUGGGUAGCCUUUUGCUGAGCCAGAUCUUAAGAAAAAAAUAUUUAAAUUUUAAAUUUAAAUUUUUGCACAUUUCAACCUUCUAAAGUGAAUGCUUAUAAAAAGAAAGCCAAAAACAACACCAACAACCCAGAUUUGCAUUUAGUCAUAUAUAUGGAGCAGUGAGGAUAAAACAUAAGAGGAAAAGACACUUAAAACUCCCCCCUGUAGCAACCACAAAAUCCCCACUAUAUCAAAUGUCAUUUAAUUGAUCUUUAAUCUACAUUGCUUAUUCAGUGAUAAAUUAAUUUGGGGGAUAGGGCAGAGCACUUAAGUUUCACAAAAGCAGUUAUGUCUGUAAUAUUGAUUAUUGCCAUCUCUAUACUUAGAAUGAAGAAUAAUGCAUGUUAAUUUUCCUGUAUUAAAGAUGCUGUGAUUUGUAAAAAGUCUGUCUUUUGCAGAAUGUCUGGAUAAAGAAGCGUUCCCAUAGGAAUGGAUCGAUAGUUGAAAACUGAUUUCCCUCCUUCUUUUGUUUAUUUUAUGUAUAGGUAUAUAUAUAUAAAUUGCAUCCAUGUUCAGAGACAAUUUUUUAAUAAUAGGUGUAAAGGUUAUUUAACCAACUUUCUUCUUUUAAAGCUUCUCAUCAUUUUAGGGUUCUUUCAAAAAAAGUGGUCUUAGACUCAAUCAAUGCCCAGUAAUCACCUAGCAAAUUUUUUUGAGUUAGAAGCAUAAUUUGUAAAUAUUUAUUUAGAUCUUGGAUAUUUAUUGAAAGCGAAGACACAAUGAAAUAAUGGAAACAGAAGAACUGAGAGAAAAUGCUUUCUUUAUUUUCUGUUUCCUCUGGAUUUUAUCAGGGUCAGUAUGAAGAUUAAGCUCAUAUUAAGCCUUUUGUGAUCUGUCAGUACAACCCAAAUGAUAAACAUACUACAGAAUGAAAUAGAUGCUACCAGAUAGUUUUGAAAGUGAUGUUCCAGAAUUCAGACCUCAUAGUCUGAAUUUAAAAUGGACACAGUAGAAAGAUGGUAACAUCGUUCCCAAUGAAGAGAUCUUUGCACACAUGAAUAUGCACAUAGAUCUCAUACAAGUACACAUUGCCUGCUCAUUUUGGUGGGAAAAAUAUAUUUACACAGGCAACUAAAAGUACGUGUGAAUUUGUUUCCUCCACUGACAUGUAUGGGGCAAGUAUUACCAAUAGGGUAACUCUAUACAAGCAUUACACAAGCUUUUGUACCCAGAAAAGGAUGUUAGAUUAGUGAGAGUAUCUACUAACAUUACUUAAUGACCUGAUAUCUUAAGAGAACUGAAUAACUUUCUUUGCUAUGCUGUGAAGGAAGCCAUCACCACUACUGCAAAUACAACAAAAUAAUAUUGUUUUUACAGUUUUUUUAAAAAAACACAACAAAACCUUCGGUCCAACCCUAUAAAAGCAAGUUUUUGUGAAAACACUUUUUUAAUUGUAAAAUCAUUCCAAGAUAUCUAAUAUUUAACUGAUAGCUGCAUGAAAGUAAGAUUCGUGUUCCUUUGACCUUUUUUUUUUGUCUCUGUUUACACGGUUGCACAUUUUCAAGUUACUACAGUGUGAAAACUGUGUGUUUUUUGUAAAAAUUGACAAAAGGAUAACAAAAAAAUUGUGGCCUGGUUUUGUAUAAGUUUUAGGGGAAAUAUCAUUGUUUUAGGAAUCCUGAUUUUAAAAAUAUUUUUCCUGCAAAUCAUAAAGCUAUAUUAAAGUGUUGAGCUUAGCCACUAUGCACAUUGUAAUUUACUCAUUGUGGCUGUCCAGUUCUAUGAUGCAUUCUGGCAUUUUGUAAGCUGCUCUGACUAGCAAUAUAUAGAGUCAUUAAAUGUGUUAACAUUGGUUAAUAAAUGUAUUUGAAAAGGCA